AAACAAUUUAAGGUUCCUCUACCGCUUGCUACAAUAAAAACCUACAUAAUGGUAUUCCCCUGUCACUCAAUGAAGCAUAAAGGCAUCUUUUGGACAAUCACACUAAUUUUUCUAUUCCAGUUAGUACAAGCUGAUCGUCCAUGCGCUCAGAGAGUCUAUGGCAUUAAUAAAAGCAACAUUGUGUGCGUCUGCAAUGCAACAUAUUGUGAUAACAUUCAGCCCUUAACUUCCAUUCAAAAUGGUACGGCUGUCGUUUACGUUUCAUCUAUGGCUGGCAAGCGUUUUGAACGCACAACAGUUCCACUCGGCACAAUCGUUUAUAGUGCCCCGGGAAAUAUCAAAAUAGAAAUUGAUGCCCGUCAAAAAUUCCAGUCAAUAAUUGGCUUUGGUGGCGCCUUUACUGACGCGGCCGGGAUAAACAUUGCUUCAUUGGGAAAGCAGACUCAACGGACUUUACUGGAAUCGUAUUUUGGCGCAAAUGCAUUGAAUAUAAUCUAG